UUGGUUCUGUUGAAUUUCGCUUUUCUUCUGGUCGACUCACAAAAGUACCGACUCCAGACGAAGGUUGGUUCCGAAACGGUUAUCGACCAAUUUUAGCACGUCUGCAGGUUAGUUUCAGAUCAAUUGAUAUUAGGCAAGGAAUUAACGGGUUUUCGGACAAGGAUACCUUGGUUUUGUUGGCUGAUUCUAGCUUUGUAUCGGAGAACCUGAUACUUCCAGCCAGCCACUUCCAUAAAUCACACCGCCUACUGAUUGGUCAAUUGUACUUCAACGAGGCCAAAAAAACAUGCCAGAACCAACGAAGGACGAGCUUCGGGCUGAAAUUGCCGUGAUUCUGAAGGAUGCAAACCUGGAAGAAACGGCGGCCAAAAAAGUCCGGCUACAGCUAGAGGCUAAUCUGAAAUGCGAUCUGUCCGGUCGCAAGAAGGAGGUCGACGAUCUCGUGAUGGAUUACGUCAACGCUCAGGACGAAUCUGAGCAAGAAGAGGAAGACGAGGAAGAAGAUGAAGAAGAGGAGGAGGAAGAGGAAAAGCCGAAGAAGAAUGCUAAGAACAGCAGCAAAAAACGUGCCGCCGAUUCAGAAGACGAAGACGAUUACUCCGAGGAAGAAGCUCCUAAGAAGAAGGUCAAACGAGGCGCACCAGCUAAAAAGAAGUCUCGUGGAUCCGAUAGCGAAGAGGAAUCGGAAGGUUCGGAGGAGUCGGACGACGACUAUAAGCCGAACAAAGGUGCCAAGGGUAGUGCCAAGAAAGGCGGUCGGAAGAAGAAGGGAGGUUCAGAAUCAGAUUCCGAUGAGGACUGGAAACGCUCGAAGGCUGCCAAGCCCAAAGGAAAACCAGGACCGAAGAAAGGUGGUAAAGGAACCGGAUAUACUCGACCCUAUAAACUGUCGACGGAUCUGGCUGCGAUUUGUGGGGCCGAAGAGCUUCCAAGGCAUGAAGUCGUUAAGAAAGUGUGGGCCAUCAUCAAGGAACGCAAUCUUUACGACCCGAAAAACAAACAGUACGCCAUCUGCGAUUCGGAACUUCAGAAGGUCAUCGGAGUCAAACGGUUCCGUACGUUUGGUAUGCUCAAGUAUCUCAAACCGCAUUUCUUAAAUUAAGAAAUCGUGAAAACUUUCACAUCAACAAAAAUUCACUCAAACAAAAAAGAAUAGUACGCAGAUCGCUCUCUCCGCGUACCAAUAAUUGUAAUUUCGUUUUCUUAAAUUUCCUAUAACGAUUACUGAGAAGUCCAAUGCUCGGAAACAAAGCAGCUAUUUUCUUUCCUGGGUUUUGUUUUAGGUUUAACGUGAAAUAACUAUUGUGGAAAAGUACUUCUAAUUUGAAGUUACAGUUCCGUUAGUAUCUGAUAAUGAAAAGUGUUUAGCUGCCAAGAUAUUUUUUUUCUAUAUGAUUCUUAUUUUAUAAUCAACAAAUGUAAGGUCAAGCCCAAUAUUAAAGCAAGCGAACACAAAUGUAAUGUGUUAAACCGAAGGGAUUGACUUCUUUUAUAAGUAUGUAUGGUAUUUUAUAAAGAUAAAACAACAUAAAACCCCAAAUUAAGAUGUGAGCACCGACAACAUUGACGAUAAUUUCUAUCAAUAAAUAUGAAUUGAAAAAUUA